AUGGAUUUUGUGGUUCCACAAGUGACUAUUGCGCAGCUCCAGGCUGUCAACCAUCAUAUCGUCGUCAACAGCUUCCUCGUCUUCGUCACAGACGACGACAUCGAGCGCAUCAUCAACUUCUUCAUCGCCUUCUUCAUCGUCUUCUUCAUCAUCUUCUUCAUCAUCUUCUUCUUCAUCAACACAGACGACAACAUCGAGAACAUCGUCUUCCUCUUCCUCCUCCUCAUCCUCCUCCUCAUCAUCAUCCUCGUCACAGACGACUACAUCGACGACGUCGUCUUCAACAACUACUUCCUCGCCACAGACCACUUUAUCAACUUCCUCUUCUUCAUCUAG